CUCUCAGUCACGACCUCUCUUCCAUCUGUCUUUCUACGUUAGAUAUAGUAUAGUUACUUUCAGGUACCGUACUGUAAUCGAAUUCUAUCAAUAUGAUGUUUUACAACCUCGUUGCUUUCGCACUGUUUGUGACACCGUCCUUGAGUCGAACCAGCGAUAAAGAGAUACAUCUUCAAUGGUCACUAUGUGAUCGUGAUGGAGAAGCCGUCCUCGAGAAACUGGGGGAAGAAGUUCGCCCACCCUACAAGCGCAACCCGAUCACAUAUUUCGACACCAUGCCACCGACUCAUGCGCAACAAGGUGUCAUGUUCCGUACAAAGACGAACAAAGGAACCCCGUUUUCUGUCAUCAAGGUCCGCUUCGAUGAGAAACCAGAGCGCAUUCCUCCGAGCGCCCAUUGCGUCUAUGAUCGAUACGGAGACAACGUUCCAUUCACUUGUGGUCAACGGUACCUCCUGAGCGAUAAGACCAAGGAGAUCUGGAGCGACGACCAAGUGCGCUUCGCAGAAAAGUACGACGACAUUGAUUGGGAUGGCCUUGUACCCUACGGGCCUUUCCCAGAUGGCAAGUGGAAGUUGAAGAUAUUGGGACACAAAGCGAAGCUAGAUGACGUAGUGGCUGGAGAGCUUCACCUUAUGGAGAUAGAAUUGUCUACGGCCAAAGCUGGAUCUGAGAAGGUGUAUCAGGAGGUCACUGAGUAUCUGAGAGAGCACCGUGUAUUGCUCUGCGAUCCCCAGGCGUCAAAGACACUGCGCCUGUUUCGCGAUAUGGGAUACAUUGAUGACGGAGACACUUGGAGUGAGGAGCUGUAGUUACUCGUCAUACGUGUGAAUUCUCUCUCGGCCUAUCAAGUUGCACAAGUACCCCCGAGCUUUUUCAUUGGGAUAAGAACAUGGAGUUAUUGGAAACACCUUAUAGUUUUUACACGUAUACCCUGUGUAACUAGAAGCUGACAUAAUGAACCUCAGCAGUUAUGCUCACCUGACUAUCAGGAUUCUUGC